AUGAAUUCCUCGCGCCGCCCUCAACAUGCUCAUUUUGUGGUGCCGACAAACAAAAAGUUGGCUCGUCCUUGGCUCGUUGCCCAUCCAAUCAUCCUCUUCCAGAAAUCAAGAAGCGAGAAGCCGCCCGUGAAAAUGUGGAGCCCGAAGCAGCAAUCUUUGGUGAGUUGUCUCGCUUAUUACUCAUUCGCUCGGCUGUGUUUUCAUCUCACUCCCCAAUUACCGCCCACUACUUGUCUCCCUUUCAAUUUUUAUUAUUUUUUUUGGUUUCUGUCUAGUAUCAUCCUACUGACAGUGCAUUUCCAUCCGUCUGGGCUCAUUCGGAACGCUGUUUCAAGGAGGUCUUCUGGUGGGAAACGCAUCCGAAUUCAAUUAGUUCGCUUAACAGAGGUCGGAUUAGCGCGGAGCCGCCGAGCAAUGAAUGAGGUCCCCUGCGCCCCUUAAAGCUCCCCGCCGCUUGUACUUUUCCAUGCCCUUCAGCGUUUGUCUUCACAUGCUGAUUAUGAGUGACUAACAACCGAAUUCUGCGUGUUUCCAGAAGAAUUCGACGCACGACGACGACCCGAAGGAUUUAAGAAAGAGGAUUCACGUCCAGUUUCGCAGCUUCAAGUGAGUCAUUCCAUCCAAAUAUUCCCACAACUGAUUGGCAUUGCAUCUUCCGAAGCAUUCCCUUCCAGCCCUGUUCCCAUCUGAUAAUCGACUGUUUCCUACCUUUGUUUUGGUGUCGGCUCCCUCGAGUAUUUCCUUUUUUUUAUAUAUUCCAAUCUGUGCCCCGCCCGUCCCAACUGCCAAUUAUUUCCUCCUCUCGAGCCUUUCUUCCUUCAACAUGCUCCUCCUCGCAUUUUCAGAACAUAUUCAAAUCGAAUCAACCGUGUAACUCGCUUCAUCGACUCCUUUGUUUUGAGGUCCCCUUUGGCAAGUAGUCCGUCCAUUGCUUCUCGAAACCUUUUUGUUUCUUUUUGACAUGGGACUGGCGGCACUGCUUUAUUUUCCGUAUUUAAUAUGUCUGCCAGUAAUUGAUGACUCUUUUUUCGCCCUUUUCCUGUCCAAAUUAGUUUCAUUCGCGUCCUUGCACCCUUGCAACCCCUGUUUUCUUUUUCUUAUAUGCCCCAUUCCAGCCACCACAACCAGACGUAAUCAAAAUGAGCGGUUUGGCAGGGGAGUCAAGAGGGAUCAAAUUGUACUAUUCUUGAGAUUUCGAAGCAUUUUCAACAUUCUCAGCAAAAAGGACGCAAUGUUUUCUAGUCUCUCGCGCCCUGCCCAUCGAAGAUAGUCAUCUGUGCUCAGAGCUCUUUCGAGCCCAUUGGCUAUUCAAUUCAUUUCUUUUUAUGACGUAGCAGCAAGAGAGGUAGCAUUUAGAACGGAUUAUGAGUGCUUUUAUAGCCACAGAAACAUUGGCCAAUGCGUCUAGUUCUUGAGAAUGGGAGGCAUGCUGGAAUUUUUAAUCAGAAAGAAUGUGAGUUGGCCCCUUUUUCCCUCUAAAUUCCUAUAAACAAGUCACAGAAUAUCUAUUCAGUUGUUUAGAAACUCACUGACUUCCUGUUCUCGGUCUUUGGUGAGCAACUGAAACUUUGCAAAGUCCAUGCUCCAAUCACUCUAUUCAAUUACCCCCUAAUCUCUUAACCCCCUUCUUCUAAUUGGUUUCCUCCGCUCGUUUCCCAUUUUCGUCAUAAACAGUCAAUCGGGCGAGUAACCCGAUCACAGGUACUUUUGGCCGCUUGAAUUAUUAAUAUCCUCCAGCAUCCAUCGUAUCAUUUUCUUCCUUCCCGCGCAUCCCACACAUCCUGUGGAGGUGUGAAACGGAUGUGUUUUCAGCACUUUGCAGGGUAUUUUUAUCGCUUCCGAUCAGUAUAAAACACUCAUCAGAAUCCGGUGUGCUUGUCCUCUGAGUCCUUCCUUUCAUUCGAAUCGUUCCAGUUCCAUUCGCAACAUACUUCAGUCUCUGAUUUACUGAACAUUGGUAUCCAAUGCAAAACACGCUAUCGUUUUAAUUAUUUACCACUUCAAAAUCGUGUGCCGUCGGUCGGGGGACGAAAUCCGAGGAGGAGCAGAGUACGGAGAGACGGGAAGAGAAGACGUCCCAACUUUUCCCCUCCAGUCACGUCAUCGCACUCUGAAACUCAUUGGGAGUCCAGAAUAAUUGAAGAUUUGUCAGGAAUAUGUUACUUGAGUAGUCACCUACCUGCCGACGAGUUUUGUUUGGCCUCGGCCCGCAAUACAGACAAACUUUUGGCCGCCAUGCAUUCGAAAGUGUCUGUCUUGCUCCUUCCAUUCACCGAGCUCCGUACUCUUCUUUCUCUUCGAAAGAUCAUAUUCUCGUUGUGCAUUCUGUGCUCGCUUCGCCGGCUUCUUUUUUCCUGCUUCUGAAUCACUCGCUCUCCAAACCCCUAGUUAUCAGCGAGUCUAUCAUUAAUCGUCGGUUUCUUUCUCUUCGAAAACCGCCCCUCGUCACUUUCUGAAUAAUUCAGAAUCAUCGCGAAAUACCUGCUUUCCCUACCCUCCCAAUUCAUUCGUUUCGUUUACAGAAUGGACGAGCUCUCGACUUCUCCCUACCAAUUCCGUCGUACUCAAUCGUGCCGCGUCACUAAUAAAGGUAAGCUUUCAAACAGAAAAACGCAUGGGAAUCGAAAGGAGAAAUGUUAGAAAUCGGUGAGAAAACAUUGGAAAGUUCAUGGAACAGAAGAACAGAGACAAAUCGAGUUGGAGGGGGGCUAGUUGAAUAUCCGUGAAAGAGAAAUCGAGAAUGAUGCUUUGUGAGCCACUGCAAACAUCUAUCGAAUCGAAUAAGUCAAAAAGGCGGAAAAUGUUCUAUUACUUUGUCGCUCUUUCUUAUAUUAAUAAUAUCCGAAGCCCCGAGAAACCUUUCACUUUUCGCCCGAGCCGACGAUCCACUCAAUCACUUUUCACUGUUAUUUUGCGGUUGUUUUCACCAUCCAUAUCAAUUUUUCGUAAAAAAACGGUGGUGGAAAAUUGCAAAUUGCAAAUACAAACACUACAUAGUUGAGGGGACUGACUGUACAAUGUCCGGGAGCUCAGUCAAUUCAGUUAGACUACACAGAACUCACGGGAAGUGCACCGAAUCUAGAAUUACCCAAAGUUUCAAUAAAUGGAUUUUCAAACGGAUAUCCGAUGUCGUCAACUGAAUUGAAAUGAAACGUAACCCAGCUCAAACAGCUCAGUUCGGGUGGAUCUUCGGCCCGUCCGUCGUAUCCAUUUCGCUCCGUUAGGUAUAAAAUCACACGGAUUUGGAGUAUCUAAUCAUCCCCCCCCCGUCCAAUUGUCCGCGGUUUUCGUGAAUUCCCCCAUUUUGGCAUGGCCUAUAUUUCGGUGCGCGUUUACAUACUUUCGUCUGUUCUCCAUUUUUCAUUUUGUCGCAUUAGAUUUGCAUGGCCUCCCGUUUCGAAGGCCCUCCUGUCCGAGUUCAUUUGUCAGUCGACUGGCCCCGGCUCCCUUCUCUGAAUUUCUAAUGUUUGAACACUUUUGAGUUGAAAUUCGAACUCGGCCCGACGCUCAAUUACUCAUUGAAGCGGUGGGCUCCCGAGACGAAACGGACCGCUCCUCGAAUUUCAGAAACUAGUCCAGAGUCUGGACUCCAGACCGCGACUUUUCACGCCGAUCAAGUUGCAAAUCGUGGAUUUCCGUCUUCUUUAAAGGCGGAAGGGUUUGCACGUCAUCGGAAAUGAACUCUUCUUCCGUUUCUUCUUCCCGUAAAUAGGAUUACAAGUAAUUUGAAUGAUCAUUCGAAGGCGCUUCAGUCGCACAUUGUUCCAUCUUUAUAGUAGCAUCUCAAAAAUAAUUCUGGUAAUGUCGCUCUACCGCAAUACCACGUGAAAACCGAGCCGCGGCCUUUCCUGAAUUCCCGCGAUUUCCAGCAUUCUACAUCUGCAAUUCCUGUGAAUGAGCCGUACUACGAGUAAUUUUCCUAUUAUUACAUUUCUCGUUACAACCCUGGACGGUUAAAGUUCAUUGAGAAUUCUCGAAGAGCUCGCUGCUCCAUUGUCAUGUUUCGUUAUCCGUCGCCGUUCUUUCCCGGCUCCUUUUCUUCUCUUUCUCCUUCUUCAUCUUCUUCGUCUUCAUCACCUUUCUCAGCGGAGCGAAUGAGUAAUUAGUUUGCUUUUUGCGACCACUUUUUCGUGCUCCUUCCACCAAACCGUGCCUUUCUCUCUUCCGCUCACCCCGAAAAGUUGUUGCUCCUUUGAUUAGGAACUUCAUCGAAAACAUAUUCGAAUGCAUCUCCGUCGGGAAUAAUAUCUGCUCCCUUUGAGUUGGAAACAAGACUGACUGAAACAUGAGACGAAUGGCCAAAUAUGACCGGUCCUAUUCGAUGCAAGACGGUAGGUGGUGGCUCAAAAUGUUCUUUGAGUUGGUCGUUCCCCCCACAAAUGUGCUCUUUUCAGGUCCAAAUGGUCUGUCGCGUCGGGGCACUCAACGUGGCUGCAGUCGGUCCAAAUCGACGAGAAGAGGUGAGCGGCGACACGUCAUGAAACCUGCGAGAAGGACAAAGAUUGUGGCCCCGCGCUUUCUCGCUCGCAAAAACGUCUUUACUGAUUAAUUAGCAUGCGAAAACAUGGGGACGGAAGGAAAUGGACCGACUCCACCGCAGUUUCCGGCCCCUUUGUGGCGACGCUUCUUGAUCAAUCGGACUCAUUCGGAUACAGUUUGGCUCCUUCCUCUUCUACUUCUUCCUCAUUUAAAUCCGUUUUUUCGCUCACUUUCACAGGUGUUCCAUUUCUCGCGAAUGCUUCGCCGUCAACUUGUGCCACAAAUGGAGAAUGAGACUAAUUUAUUCGAGGCUCCUCCUUUCUACUUUUCUUCUUCUUCUUCUUCUUCUUUCAUUGCUUUCCCGACUUCUUCGUGUCGUCUUCAUUUGUCUUCUCGGAUGAGAAGCAGUAAGAAAAACGAAGGGGACGAGGAUGGAAAGGAAAUAAAUUUGUAUAAUGCGCAUUUAUUAAGUCAUCGCAUCCGUGCCACUCGGCCGAUGUCCCAUGUAACUCUAGAAGAACAGGAAGUUUCAUUACAGUCCCACUUCCGAAAAUAGCUCCUCCUUGAGUGCUCCGGGCACUUUUGCGGGAUGCUAUCCGAUUAGUCCUUCUCCAUCCGCCGGAAAAUCCUACUUUUCCAUCUUUGAGCACAUCCGCUACCUGUCCGUUUUCCGUUUUUCUUUAUUCAAUUGUCUCCUCCUCCAGAUGUAAACUCGAUUUGUCCGUCCGUUUGGGACCAUCCUCUCAAUUCGAUCAUAUUCGUCUUCCGAAUCGAAUUUCCCGUUCUUUUCGGCGCGCUCACUCUUCCGAGUGCCUUGUUUAUCCAAUGACCCUCUAGUGGCACAUGCCCCAUCCAUCCUGCAAAACUUGAAUUUUUUUUGGGUCUCACUCUAGUUUUCCCGUUUCCUUUGUCACGCGCAUCCAACAAUUCAUUAUUGUGGCGUUCGCUCGACAGGCACUGCCACGUCAUUCAUUCUGGCUCAGUUCGGAACCAUGACUUCUUUAUUGUCGUCGUCCCCUCGUUCUCCAUUUGUACAUCCAAACGUUUGCAGAAUGUAUUCUCGAAAAUCCAGUGCUGGAAAUAUUCGAUUAAAUAGUUCAUACGGUAAUCUAGAGUGGUCCGCCGCGCUGAAAUUCAAACCUAACUGCAGAAUUCUAACAUUCUAUUUGUGAUCCUUUCAGGAAAUCUGGGCACUAUCGCUUCACUCACAUUCAGCCAGAAACAGGCGCUCACUCUAUCGUGGCGUCUUCUGAAACCACAAGCGUCUGCCUGCUUCAGAAAGAUCUUUCUGGAGCUGGAGAUCGCUUCGCCGAAAGUGAAACAGAUAUUCUACAAGGCGGCUCUGGUUGACGCCUUCAAUAAAGACGAAGAAAACAGUGCGACGAUGGAGGUGCACAUCAAACUGAUCAGCAAGUAAGACCACCAUCUUCUGACGAUCAUCAGCGUCUCCGGUUCCAGAUUCUUCGAUGAAAUGCUCGCUACUCUUGACGAUGAGAACGAAUUCGUCAGAAAGAUUCGGGAGAUCGGUUCCGCUCACGCCAUCCUCGCCAAAGGAAGCAACUUCUCGUCGGACAUCUGGGAGCGACUUGGCGAAAUUGCAAUGGAACGCGUGUGCUCUCAUGAAGUGAUCACGGUAAGUCACGAAUUAGAUUAGAUCGGCAUGGAUUCCAAUUGACUGCCUCCCUCAGAAGACUCGCGAAGCUUCCCGUGCGUGGCGCACUCUCAUCGCCAUUAUGAUCGACGAGCUGCGCGGAGGAUUCGAAGGCGAACUGCGGCAGCACAGGUGAGCUCGGAAGAAGAAACGGAAAAUGAGGAAACGUUUAGAAGUCAGAGCCAGAAGCGAAUGAUGUUUAGCAGGAGGUUUACAGUAAUUUCCAUUUGUUCGUUGCACUUUGAUUUGUGUGCACACAUUUGACCGCUCACAGAGAAAUUGGAUAUCUGAGCUAGAAAUAGAUGAUGACUCGAUUAAGUUGACAGAGAAAGAGAGAGGACGUAGCACUGUUCAUCUGAUUCAUUCUGAUUUUCUCUAACACUCUAUUCCAACUUUAACUUGAAAAAACAAAACUAAUUGCAGAAAAAGCUCGUCGACGGAUCAAAUCGAAGUGAACAAAGUGGAGGACGAGGAGGAGCUGCACGCGAAACUUCAACAGCUCCGAAUGGACUACAACCAGACCCUUCCGUACUCUUAA